GGUAAACACUCGGUUGGAGUUGGUUUAGAAGAGCAGAGGAAGCAAUCGCUGGUGGGAACUCGUGUAGCGAUCGAUUGCUCCUGCCUGAUCUCUCUGAUGUAAAGAUGGGUGCCUGCCGAAACAGGUUUUAAAACGUUGGGAAGUGACUCCCUGGCAGUGUUCAACGUGCAGUUCCCUGUUUUGGCCAAUGCUUGCUGCGCUACAGCAUGACCACAGCAGUGUCUGCUCAUCUGGUAGUUCUGGCAAAUGAAAAUGGAGGAGGUUUCAGUGUCCAGCCUGGACAACAGCAAGCUGGAGGCCCUAGCUCAGGACAUCCUGUCUGACCUGGUGGAGGAUGCAUGCCUGGGACUUUGCUUUGAGGUCCACCGGGCAGUAAAGCAGGGCUAUUUUUUCCUGGAUGACACGGACCAAGAAAGUAUGAGGGACUUCGAAAUUGUGGACCAGCCAGGACUGGAUGUGUUUGGCCAAGUGUACAACCAGUGGAAAAACAAGGAGUGUGUAUGUCCCAACUGUAGCCGGAGUAUCGCUGCCUCACGCUUUGCUCCACACCUGGAGAAAUGUCUGGGGAUGGGACGUAACAGCAGCCGUAUAGCCAACCGCAGAAUAGUCACUGGUAACAACACCAACAACAAGUCAGAGAGUGACCAAGAGGAUAAUGACGACGUCAAUGAUAACGACUGGUCUUAUGGGGCAGAAAAGAAAGCCAAGAAAAGGAAAUCUGAUAAGAAUCCAAACUCACCAAGAAGAUCCAAAUCAUUCAAGCAUAAGAACAGCAUGAUGGGUCCCAGACGUCGCAUGGACAACCAGGAGAGCCCGCGCAUGCUGAUGAAAGACGAGGCAUUCUCUCAAUAACACAAACACACAUUCUCUCACCAUCGUGUGUGCGGAGAUGCACACAGAAACACGCUCACGGGACGACCAACAACACUUCACCUUUGGUUCUUUAUGUUGUGAAAUGAAUGGACGUUGAUGGUUAAAGGCAACGUUUGUGGUGUUUGCUGCUCUGCAGAAGCAGUUCAGAACUCCCAACCUUAUACUUGACAAAUUUAUUUUUAUUCAGAAAAUCAUUGUACCAACACUUGUUUUGUUUUGUUUUUUUAAAUAAUUUUCUGUAGUUAUCAUUUUCGACUGAUACUUGUCACCAAAUAUGAUUUCACUGCACAGAUGUAAACUGCGGUGUAAUUCAUUCAGAGACGGUGUACGCUUACAGUAUUUUUUUUUUCUUUUCAUAAAAUACAGAAAUGAUUACACAAUGGAUGUCCUUAUAUUACCUCACAUUUUACAAUCUCAUUCUUUGAAAAAAAAUAAUAAUAAUGUCAGACAAUCAUUGCUAAUGGUUUGUCUUAUUUUCACCUUUCACUGUCUGAAUUUCUCAAACAGAAUUAAAAGACAAGCAUCUCUGUCGUUCACCUGUGGAAACUUGUUUCACAAUGUUCAGGGCACGAACUCAAGUGUAGAAGCAGGUAUUUGGUGCAGAAAACAGGUUUCUUCAUUUUUCUUUUUUUUUGGUGGGAUAGAGUUGCUUGUUUUCUAGCAUUGAAAUAUGUCUUUGUAUCAUGUGUUUACAUUGUAAAGGGUUACAUAUGUCCUUGGUGUGAUGUGAUAGUGUAAAUAUUCUAAUAGUUGAAUUGCUGCUAUCAUGGCUCAGUUUGUUUCAUCUGUCUAGCAAAAUAAAUGAUUU